AAAUAUCUGUUUUAAAAUGGAAAGAUUCCUUAGUUAUCAAUUUUCCAAAAACAGUGUUUAAGAAAGAGGGAAAGCAGAAUCACCUCCACAAUUUAUUUCAUCGUUUUUCUCACAAGCUAAGCAACAAACGACUAUGACGAUUUCAUUUCUUUUCCCUCUCGUUCUUUUCUCUCUGUUUCUCAAACCCACUGUUGCCGUCCAAAAGUCUUAUGUAGUGUACUUGGGCGAACACACACAUGGACUUGAGCCAACUUCGGUCGAACUCAAUCAAGUGACUAAUUCCCAUUACAAGCUUCUGAGUUCUGUUGUCGGAAAUGUUGAGAUUGCUAGGGACAAUAUUUUUUAUUCAUAUACUCAUUCCAUCAAUGGUUUUGCUGCGGUCAUGGAUGAGGAAGAAGCUGCACAGUUAGCAAAACGUUCGGAUGUGGUUUCUGUUUUCCCAAACAAGCCAAUGAAACUGCACACAACUCAUUCAUGGGAAUUUUUGAGAUUGACAAGAGAUGGGAUUAUUCCUCCAGAAGCGAUUUGGAAGAAGGCAAGGUUUGGGAAAGACACCAUCAUUGGAAACCUUGACACCGGUGUUUGGCCAGAAUCAAGGAGCUUUUUAGAUGAAGGAUAUGGCCCCAUUCCAUCAAGGUGGCGAGGAACCUGUCAAACUGGAAAUGGAGAUAAAUUCCAUUGCAACAGGAAGUUGAUAGGAGCAAGGUACUUUAACAAAGGUUUAGCUAUACCGUUACCACCCUCGUUAUCAACUGUGAGGGACCUUGAUGGCCAUGGAUCACACACACUAUCAACUGCUGCAGGCAAUUUUGUUCCAGGAGCUAAUGUUUUUCACCAUGGUAACGGUACAGCAAGUGGGGGAUCUCCUGCAGCCCGUGUUGCAGCUUAUAAAGUAUGUUGGCCCCAAAUUUUUGGCACUGAGUGCCCAGAUGCAGACAUACUUGCCGCCUUUGACGCUGCAAUUAGUGAUGGUGUUGAUGUGCUCUCCGUGUCAGUAGGUGGGGCUACAACUGAGUUUUUUACGGAUGCAAUUGCAAUUGGGUCCUUCCAUGCUGUCAAGAAUGGCAUUACUGUGGUUGCUUCUGCUGGUAAUUCUGGGCCAAAACCAGGGACUGUAUCCAAUGUGGCACCCUGGAUAUUUACAAUUGGGGCUAGCACAAUUGAUAGAGAGUUCACAAGUUAUGUGAAGCUUGGGAACAAGAAGAAGAUCAAGGGAAUAAGUCUUUCUGCAACAAUUCUACCGCAUGGGAAAUAUUAUCCACUGAUCACUGGUGCAAGCGCUAAAUUAGAUAAUGUCUCAGAAAUAGACGCCAACCUUUGUGCGCUAUAUUCACUUGAUCCUAGAAAGGCUAAGGGCAAGAUUGUGGUUUGUCUUCAAGGGGAAAAUGGAAGUACAGAGACAGGGGUAGCAGCCCUACGAGCCGGAGCUGUUGGCUUGAUUCUAGCAAAUGAUAAGCAAAGUGGUAAUGAAGUUUUUGCAGAAGCUCACGUGCUCCCAGCUGCUGACGUGAAUUUCAUUGAUGGUCAAAUUAUCUAUGCCUACAUCAACUCUACUGGGAAACCUACAGCAAGUAUCACACCUGUAAAGACUAUAUUGGGCACAAAACCGGCUCCAUCUGUUGCUACAUUCUCAUCCAGGGGACCUAAUAUCAUAGAUCCGGAAAUUCUCAAGCCUGAUAUCACUGCACCUGGGGUGGACAUCCUUGCUAGUUUCACUUUAGCAAUAUCACCAUCUGAAUCAUUUUUUGAUAAACGCCGGAUUCCAUUCAACAUACUAUCCGGUACUUCCAUGUCUUGCCCUCAUGUUUCCGGUGUUGUUGGACUUCUCAAGACACUCUACCCUCUUUGGAGUCCUGCAGCUAUUAAAUCGGCCAUAAUGACAACCGCAAGAACACGUGAUAACGAAAAACAGCCAAUGAAAGAUUAUUCAACUAACAAUAUGGCAACUCCACUUGCGUAUGGAGCAGGAGAUGUGAGACCAAACCAAGCAAUGGAUCCUGGCCUCGUUUAUGACUUAACAAUUGAUGAUUACUUGAACUACCUUUGUGGCCAAGGAUACAACACAAGCUUGCUCAAAAAGUUCACAACCAAGCCACAUGCGUGUCCUAAGUCAUACAGUGUAAAAGACUUCAACUACCCUUCAGUUUCAAUUCCUGAACUGAGUGGGCAGGUGAGUGUCACUCGAAGAGUGAAAAAUGUUGGACAUCCAGGAACAUAUUCUGCACGCAUCAAGCCACUUGCUGGAGUCUCAGUAUCAGUUAGACCUAAGACACUAACAUUCAAGAAAAUAGGUGAAGAAAAGGAAUUUGUAAUCACAUUCAACUCUACGAAUAAAGGAGAGUCCGGAGAUUUUGUAUUUGGGCAACUGGUUUGGUCUGAUGGGAAACAUAAUGUUAGCAGUCCUAUAGUGAUAAAGCAUAAGUAGAUUUGGUGUGAAGAGGGUUUUCUCGCAAAUUCUUUAGGUUAAAAAAAAAAAGAAAAAAAGGAGAAGAUGUACCUGUGGUGUAAUUACGAUUCUUCAAGUUUGCAAACAAAUGAAAAGGAAUAAUUAAU